CGCACGGGCCGCCCGUCGGCUUCUCCGGGCCGUUUGCGCCUCACGCGGGCCCGCCGUUCGGCCCGCAGCACCUGGGCGGGCCCAUGCACGGUCCCGGCCACAUGGGACCGGCACACCUGGGACCCGGCCACAUGGGACCGCUGCCGAUGGGACCCGACCACCGCCUCGAGCACGGACGUCACACGCCAUACUUCAAUCAGCCCGACUACAGGAUACACGAACUCAACAAGCGGCUACAGCAAAAGUCUGAGGACAGCGACAGCCUCUGGUGGGAUGCCUUCGCCACCGAAUUUUUUGAGGACGAUGCUACCUUAACCCUGACGUUCUGUCUGGAAGACGGACCGAAACGAUACACCAUCGGCCGCACACUCAUCCCGCGCUACUUCCGGAGCAUCUUCGAGGGCGGCGUCACUGACCUCUUCUUCAGUCUGCGUCACCCCAAGGAGUCGUUCCACAACACCAGCAUCACGCUCGACUGCGACCAGGCCAGCAUGGUGACCCAUCACGGCAAGCCCAUGAUAGCCAAGGUUUGCGCCGAAGGCCGCUUCAUCGUCGAGUUCACCUUCGAUGACCUGAUGCGCAUCAAGUCAUGGCACUUCGCCACGCGCGGCGUCAAGGAGCUGGUGCCUCGUUCGGUGGUGGCCCUGCACGUGCAGCAGGACCCGGGCCUGGUAGAGCAGCUCAGCAAGAACAUCACCCGCCAGGGACUUACCAACGUCACUCUCAACUACCUCAGGCUGUGUGUUAUCCUGGAGCCGAUGCAGGAGCUGAUGACCCGGCACAAGGCGUACUCGCUCAGCCCCCGCGACUGCCUGAAAACGACCCUCUUCCAGAAAUGGCAACGCAUGGUGGCGCCGCCAGGUGGGCCAAAUCGCAACCCUAGCAAACCGGAAGAGAGUCAGCGGCCGCCGAGCAAGCGUCGGAAGAGGAAGGGAGCAGCAGGCGCAGCGGCCGGCGCCGCCAACAAGAAGGGCCGACCGCCCAUCAGCCUCGCAGGACAAGUCAGUGACGUGAUGAUGGUGGGCGAGCCGUCUCUGAUGGGCGGUGAGUUCGGGGACGAGGACGAGCGGCUCAUCACGCGGCUAGAGAACGCCCAGUGCGACCCGUCGGCGGCCGGGCCGGGCGGCGCGGCGCCUGCCCCCGCCAGCGCCGGCCUGCUCGAGGAGAACAACUACACCUCCUCGCCGCUGACGUCCGGUGGCAGCUGGACCAGCGGCGAGCGGCCGCCGCCGCCGCAGGCCUCCACGCCCAACUCGCAGGACUCGGACAAGAAAUCGCCGGCCGUCGGCCAGUGACGCCGGCGGCGGCCGGCGGCCGGCGGCCGAGCGGUGCCGCAGUGGGACAGGCCGGGUGUCGGGUCCCGGCGAUCCCGAUCAUGACCCCCGCGAGGGCUGGGGCGAAGCCACGCAAGGACGACAGAGCCGACUGUCGUUGUGCAGUGAUGUGUGUCGAUGUUCAUUGUUCACGGUGAUCGCGUUGUAUUGUAAUCUCAGCCGGAUGUGCGCCACCCGCGCACGCUGCACCUCCCCGCACGCCGUCCGGCGCCGUCCGUCGUGCCGGCCGGCGCCGCCGCGCCGCCACCGCGGUGCCGCUCUCCGCCACUC